AUGGCUUCCUCGAACGCCUCCGUCCCCAAUAACGAGGGGUCUGCUGCCCCGGCGGCUGCGCCCAAGCCGCCGACGGAGGAGAUGGCCAAUCUCCACCUGGAUGAGGUGACGGGAGAGUGGGUGUCCAAGACGGAGUUGAAAAAGCGCCAGAAGCAGCGCCAGCGUGAGGCCGACAAGGCGGCUAAGGCGGCGGCUGCCCCGAAGCCUACUGCUAAACCCAAGGUUGCGGGCGGCGACGAGGAGAAGGAUCUGAAUCCCAACCAGUAUUAUGAGAUCCGCACGCGCCAUGUCGCUGAGCUACUCAAGAAUCCCGAGACCAACCCGUAUCCGCACAAGUUCCAGGUCACCUACGAUGACUCCAAGUUCCAUGAGGAGUUUCGUCACCUCAAGUCGGGCGAGACCUGCCCCGAGCGCGAGCUGCGCAUUGCUGGCCGCAUCUACAACAAGCGCGCCAGCGGCUCCAAGCUGAUCUUCUACGGUAUGCUCUUCUUUCAUACCGCUGUGGCGCAGAACGUCAAGGAGGGUGCUCUGCCGUUCGAAAAGCAGCAUGAGAACAUUCGCCGUGGAGACAUCAUUGGAAUUGUUGGUUUCGCUGGUCGCACCAACCCAAAGAACCGCCAAGCUGAGGGCAAGGAGGGCGAGCUGUCCAUCUUUGCGACCGAGAUCGUCCUACUCAGUCCCUGCCUGCACAUGCUGCCAAGCGUGCGCUUCCCGUUCUCGGAUAGCGAGCAGCGCGCUCGUAUGCGCUACCUUGACAUGCUCUGGAACGACAAGACUCGCCAAAUUCUCUGGCAGCGCAGCCGUAUGGUGCGCUUUAUUCGCGAGUUCUUCCAUCAGCGUCGCUUCGUUGAGGUUGAGACUCCGAUGAUGAAUUCUAUUGCUGGCGGUGCCACUGCUCUUCCGUUUAUCACCCAUCACAAUGACCUUGACAUGGACAUGUACUUGCGUGUUGCCCCUGAGCUGUUCCUCAAGAAGAUGAUUGUCGGCCAGUUCGGCAAGGUCUUCGAAAUUGGCAAGAACUUCCGUAACGAGGGCAUCGAUCUCACCCACAACCCCGAGUUCACUUCGUGCGAGUUCUAUUGGGCGUACGCUGAUGUGUACGACCUGAUGUCGCUGACGGAGGAGCUCGUGUCAUCGCUCGUUAAGGAGUUAACCGGCUCCUACAAGACGACCUUCACAACACAACACGGCGAGACCUUUGAGGUCAACUGGGAGGCUCCCUGGCGCCGCGUCGAGAUGAUCCCCGAGCUGGAACGCGUGACCGGCGAGAAGUUCCCGCCGUACGAUCAGCUGCACACCGAGGAGACCAACCAAUUCCUGCAGCGGCUGUGCAAGAAGAUGAACGUCGAAUGCCCGCCGCCGCUCACCAACGCGCGCAUGAUCGACAAGCUGACGGGCGAGUUCAUCGAGUCGACCUGCAUCAACCCGACCUUCAUCCUCAACCAUCCGCAAAUGAUGAGCCCGCUCGCCAAGUACCACCGCGAUCAGAAGGGUCUGUGCGAGCGCUUCGAGGUGUUCGUCUGCAAGAAGGAGAUUGCCAAUGCCUACACCGAGUUGAACAACCCCUUCGACCAGCGCCUGCGCUUCGAGGAGCAGGCUCGCCAGAAGGCCCAGGGUGACGAUGAGGCUCAGCUCAUCGACGAGAGCUUCCUCCACGCCAUGGAGUACGGUCUGCCUCCGACGGGUGGUUGGGGCCUGGGUAUCGACCGUCUGGCCAUGUUCAUCACCAACAACUACUCGAUCCGCGAAGUCAUUGCUUUCCCCUUCCUGCGUGAGGAGAAGACGGCGCCCAAGGAGAAAUUCGCGGCUGAAAUCGCGAACGUUCAGCCCCUCCCUGAGGAGGGUAUCCGAUCGGUGGGCUUACAGUGCCCUGGUGGAGCUCGGCCGGCCGGCGGCCAUCACCGAAACACCGGACACAACCUGACCUUCAGGCCGGCGAUGCCUCCUCCCAACGACGACUCGGCUCCCUGA